AUGUAUGUCGAUUCUGGUAUACUCGAAGUAUUGAUUCAACAAGGCUGCACUCAAAGACUUGGCGGUAAAGUGGAGAAGGAAGAAGCUCAGCUUCGUAUGAGAGAUAGAGGAACUUCAUUUUUGGAAGAAGAAAUACAAGAUUUAAUCACGUCGGCUGGAAGCGAUCGUCUAAGCCUUGAAUCUUCUGGGAGUACUUUUUCCCCAAGUGUACGGAGACGGCAACAGAAAGAGAAGAAUCGACAAUCUUCAAAGAAUCAAUCACCUACACCAGCAUUACUUGCAAUAAGUCCUCCUAAGGCAUCAGUUGUCACUUCAAAUUCUGAAAGACUUUCUCAAGUGAUCAUCAGACAAGCAUCUGCUGUUGUCUCAUCGAGCAACGCGGCGGUACCUUCUGAAGUUGAUUGUAGAGAGGAAGCAAUAUCGUCGCCUUCGUUUACAAAACCGACUGCCACGAACUCUAGUUCAAGACUUAUUCGGUCAGGCAGUGUCUUUCAAGAAGUCAAACACGUCUCUCGGCCUAGAACUCGGCCAGGUUAUGUACCAAAGUCGCGAGGUUUAAAUAGCAAGCGUUUGGAUACCGGUCUUGAUUCAAGCAAGAGAUCUAUUGCACGCGAGAGACCCACAGAGUCACAUCGAUCAGAUACUGUCAAAUCACCAAUUUCGAAACUUCGUUCCCGUCAGGGUGAAAUCUUGACUUCCGUUUCUGCGCAAUUCGGCGUUAGUAGUAGACAGCAGGCGAAUCUUACUAUUGUGAAGGCGUUAUUGGAGAGUGCGAGAGCGUUAUCUACAAGAAGUAUCAAAGCAAAGGUUUCGUCCGAGAAGCCUUCCAAAAUGACCAUCAAUGGCGGCAAUUAUGGACAUGACGUCACGGUAGAUCAUGAAGAGAAUCAAGAAGACCCAGUACAAUUUGAUCUAGAUGAUAAGUGCACACAUUAUACUAAUUUGAAAGAAGUACCUUGGGAUUUACAUAAAUACUGGCAACAGCGUUAUAGCAUGUUUUCUCUCUAUGAUUACGGUAUCUACAUGACAGAUGACGCUUGGUUCGGUGUUACUCCUGAACCAGUUGCUACGCAAAUCGCUCAGGACUAUGCCUCGUCUACACCCCCCACAAAAACAACUAUAAUCGAUAUAUUCGCCGGCGCGGGUGGUAACUCUAUCGCAUUCGCCCUCUCUAAUCGUUGGGCCCAUGUCAUAGCCAUUGAGAAAGAUCCGUCGGUUAUCGCCUGCGCCGAAAAUAAUGCCUACGUCUAUGGUAUCACAAACCAGAUAACUUGGGUUAACGGUGACUGUUUCGAAUACCUCAAGACUCACGCUUCUUCUAUCAAUCCCUCAGAAACUGUUAUUUUCGCAUCUCCGCCCUGGGGAGGUCCUGGCUAUACCACAGAAAACAUAUUUGAUUUAAGUACCAUGCAACCGUAUUCUGCACAGUAUAUUCACGAAGCAUGUAAGACAAUGGAUACGGCUUUAUACUUGCCACGAACCAGCGAUCUCAAACAAAUUACUAGAUUAUUGCCAGAGGGAAAAAAGGUUGAGCUAGUGCAGUAUUGCAUGGAGGGAGCCAGUAAGGCGCUUGUGGCGUAUAUUCCAGCCAUCGAAUGA